AUAAGGGGCGGUGUUUCUUGUGACGUAGUCGACUACAGUGAAACCAAAGAUUGUUGAUUACUAAACGGCGAACGUUAGCGCCUCGCUCCGCUUUUUAACUCUCUGGUGAAACUGCUGUGAACGGUGGAGAAGAGCUGUGCUGUUGAACAUAAGAAUCAUUUUGAACGCGGCGUAAAUCCUUCCACGGCUUUUUGUAUAUAUUGCUUUAGCUAGUUAACUUAACUUAUUUGGAAACAAUGGCCGAAAGCGACUGGGAUUCUGUGACUGUCUUGAGGAAGAAAGGCCCGUCGUCAGCGCAGGCGAAAUCAAAGCAGGCCAUAACGGCGGCACAGAGGCGUGGUGAAGAAGUUGAAACCUCAAAGAAAUGGGCUGCGGGUCAGAACAAGCAGCACUUAGUGACCAAGAACACAGCCAAGUUGGACCGGGAGACUGAGGAGCUCCACCACGAAAGGGUUCCACUGGAGGUCGGCCGGGUGAUCCAGCAGGGGCGCUUCAACAGAGGGCUCACUCAGAAGGACCUGGCCACAAAAAUCAACGAGAAACCUCAGGUCAUCGCGGACUAUGAGUGCGGAAAGGCGAUCCCCAGCAAUCAGGUCAUGAGCAAGAUCGAGAGAGCCAUUGGCCUGAAGCUACGCGGGAAGGAUAUUGGACAACCCCUCGAAGCAAAGCCAAAAAAGAAAUGAAAAUGAAAGCCUCCACUGCUUGACUGUGGCCUUCUAACCCAUCUCCAGUUUGGGUCAAAGUUCAACGUGUGAUGGACAUAUCCUUUAGCAUUAUCUUUGUUUGGGGGCUAAUAAAGUUUGAAACAUUUGGCAAUA